GAACCGUUCUGGCCAAAAAGACGAGCUAGUUAACGUUGCUUUGCAUCAUACCAGGAGCGUUGCAGUGUCCACCGGUAAUGGGUUAGUUCUUGCCGGUGGGCAGGCGCAGACAUCGGAGAGUUCUAGUAGGCUGGCUGACCAACCCGCGCGUGCACCGAGUUCACAGGCCAGUGACCGGACUGCUUCUGUGCGUUCAAGCCCGGGAAGCCCAGGACUGCACUUAAUUCGUGGCUCUGUCCGUGAACGAUUACGGGCGCAAAAACAAUUAGUCUCGGAGACGGUGGACCUUGGCUUCCUGAUGGACUGCACGUGUUCAAUGCGCCCUCAGCUGUCGGCUGUUACAGAACAGAUUAGAGCCAUCGUAGAUGAAACGCUCCAAUCGUACCCUGGAUGGACGGUGAAGGUUGGGUUUGCGGGCUAUUUUGAUCACAAAAGUGCUGGGGAGUACGAACGAAAUCGUCUUCCCUUCACACUGGACUUUACAACCGAUGUGGAAGGGUUCAAGGAGGCCAUCAACACGAUCGUGGUGCAGGAUGGCUACGAUUACGCCGAAGAUGUGCUUGCGGGCCUAGAAGGCGCUGCCAGUCACUUGAACUGGAACAGCAAAGUACGGCUUUUGAUACACUUUGGUGAUGCACCUCCUCAUGGGCAAAUAUAUCUCAUCUGCACAUUCUGUUUGCCCUCAGUGUAUAUGUAUUUGGUACGUUAGUGAUCUUUGUUUGCAGAAUAUCAGUAUCGCAACAUCGACAAGUUUC